CCCAUUACUCUGCAUCUUCAUGCGCGCUCGGAUCUUGGAGAUACGUUUUCACCCCCCACACACACCGAGGACUGGAAACAUGACGAAGAGGAUCAAUCCCGUGCGAUAGGAUGGCUGCUCGCGACGACUAAGUGAAAUGUUGUCGACACCAUUUCGGAAGGGGAGAGACAUAUUUCGGGACGACGGUGGCGCAGUUUUCAAACGGAAUGGAGUUACCCGACCCCUGCCACAGCAAGCACCACGUCGAUUCCAGGAAGAGUCCCGUAAUCAGCGCCGUCAUGUUCGCCGCGGGCCUCCUGGGCAACGUGGCCGCCCUGGUGAUCUUGGAGAUCCGGCGCCGGCGGGACGCGAAGGCCGCGGACAGUCGGCGACGCGCGCUCUUCCACGUCCUCAUCACGUCGUUGGUGGUCACGGACUUGGGCGGGACCUGUCUGGUCAGUCCGCUUGUCCAGCUGUCGUACUCGCGCAACAUCACCUUGGAGGGAAUGUCACCCGACACUCACGGGGUGUGCGCCUACUUUGGAUUCAGCAUGACCUUCUUCAGCUUGGCGACCAUGUCUCUUCUCCUCAUGAUGGCUCUGGAAAGAUGCCUGGCGAUCGGCUACCCCUACCUGUACACUCGGCACGUCACCAAAAAAUUAGCCUACUUCACAAUUCCCGUGGUGUUUUUGGUCUCCAUACUAUUCUGUCUCCUCCCUUUUGUGGGAUUUGGGAAAUAUGUGCAAUAUUGCCCCGGCACUUGGUGCUUCAUUGACAUGAAUCCAGAGGGGAAGAAAGACCGGGUCUACGCCAACCUGUACGCCACGGUGAUGUUAGUACUGGUGCUGGCCAUAGUGGCGUGCAACGCCUUUGUGGGUUACCAGUUGUUGCGCAUGUACCAGCGCCGGAGGAGGAACGGAGGCUCCGUCACGGCGAGCGCACACUGCAACAGCGAGCGCAGGCCCAUACCCAUGGUGGAGGAGGUGGACCAUCUCAUCCUACUGGUCUUCAUGACCAUCAUCUUCAUCAUCUGCACGCUGCCCCUUGUGAUUCGCGUGUACAUCAAUUCGGUUGGGGUACGCAGCGAGUCCCACCCCUUGGACCUGAUUGCCCUCCGUUUCAUCUCGGUCAACUCCAUCAUUGACCCCUGGGUCUUCAUCCUGCUCUCUCCCGGCGUGGUGCACUUUUGCUACGUCUCCAUUUGUAGACUCACCCAAAGAACUUCGAAGGCUUCUCGGCUCAACUCAUCAACGUCCAAAGAGCCUCCGGCUAAUGUCGAGCUGUCGUGCCCGGAACUGGAAUACACGGAGUCUUUUCCACCAAAUGUAUGACUAGGAUUUCUUUUCCUCUUUUUUUGUGAUUUGAUCGUUGUAUUUAUUUUAGCUGUCAAAAGGUCACAGGGUUGGAUCACCCUGCUAAUCACACGAGGCACAGAAGUUUUGAACGUUUUGUUUAUCUAUUUUUUGGAGCAGUUCCAGUUUUAUCAGCUGCUGGCACUUCCUUAUCAUGUCCGGGUUGUUUCAAUGACUUGUAGCUCAGAUAUGUUCGUGCGUGUGUGAAUUCUGUCAAGUUAAGUGUGUUAAAUACUAGAGUUUUUUUUUUUAAAACAUUUUUAAAGGCUAAUUGGCUAAGGCUUGUGUGCAGCAGUACCCAAUCAAUCUAGCUUUUUUUUUUUUUCGAGGCUGACAUCUGGUAGAAUCACAUUUCGAUAACUAAAUAAUUAUUUCAUAAUUGAGAAAUAUAUAUUGAUAUUUUGGUCCCUUAAAGCAGCGAAC